GCAGUUUAGAAGUUAAUUCGGCUCUAUUUCCAACAAAAACGUUCCCUCCCCCAUAAUCUCCCGUUGCUCAGCAGUUUUGCUCCCUUUUAUUAAAAAAAGAUGGCUGCAGUAGAUUUAUUCAUGUUCCUUCAAAUGCGGAAUAUACCUGAAAGUGUCAUCAACAAACUAAAAGAAGACAAGAUCGACACCAAUGUCAUAGGCAUUAUGACAGAUAAGGAGUUAAGCAAGUAUAUCGAAAGAUAUGGGGAUCGACUUGCGCUCAGAGCAUUUUGCCGUCAAAGAACUGUGACAAACGAAGAGUCGGGAGGAGCAGAGACAGUGAAGUCCUCCCUCAUGCAGAAAUUAAGAGACAGGUUAAGAACUCCUAACACUGGCAUACAAGGCACCGCUACUGGCCAAAAAAAUGCAGCCAAAAUCACCCGGCGGGUUGAAAUGGGAUGGCUCCACUUUGAGAGUGGAAUGUAUCACCAGGUUAGAACGAGAAAAGGAGGAGGAACACGGAAUCUGUCCGUCCAGAAAUCAGUGACUAUGGGUGAACUGUUGGAGACAGGCAAAUGCUUGUUUUUUGCAAAUGGGCAUUCAUCAAAAGGACUGAUGGAAGACUUCGAGUUUGACAUUUGUGAUUACAGUCACAGUCCUGUGCCCCGGGAAGUCACGGUGGGCCAGCUGUACGAACAGACUAAACUAAAAAUGCUACGCAUCUACACAGCCACCAAGUCUAACAAGAUUAUACUUCUCUCUGAUGAAUCAUCGGACUUCGAGCCAACACAGAAAAGGCCACUGAAGGCUAGGACAAUGAAGACACGAUCCUUGAGGAACAAGACCAGGAGACUCAAUCAAGUGGAUCAUCCAGAGAGCUCCUCUGAUUUAGAUCUGGCUCCCAGUGGCUCAAUGCAGCAAAACCAUGAACAAAGAGGAGAGACAAUCAGCCAUUCAAGAUCAGCAACUCCUGAGAUGGGUAACACAGAGCUCCUGCAUCCACGACCUACUGAGGAUGUUGGCAGUCAUACUCAGCAGUCAACAAGAAGGCAUGGAUCUGAAGAUGACUGUUUAACGCCUGUGCCAAAUCAAGAUGCAGACCUGUUGUUAAGUGAUGUCUCAGAUUCCGCUCUUAAUCCUGCCAUUCCACAAUCUCUUGAGGACUCUGAAGUGAAGUUUGGACCCACUGUUGGUGAUGAUAGUGAUACUCAAGACACCACUCUUCCCUGGAAUCCAGAUGACUUGAGCAGCAUGCAGCAUUCUACAAUCAAUGAUGGUCCUGUAUCAUCAAGCAGUCUUCCAGCAUCACCAGAUCCAUUUGACCAAGAAAUCCUUAUUUUGAAAUUAAGACGAGUAAACAUAGUUGAUGAUGUCCUUAAUGUCUUCAUGGAUCCAAAAGUACUGAAUGCUAGUCUAAGAAUGGAGUUUACAAAUGAGAAAGCUAUGGACAGUGAUGGUGUGUCAAGAGAGGCGUACUCUGCAUUCUGGGACCACUUCUUGGACCAGUGUGAGGGGGAAGAUGAACGAGUACCCAGGCUACGACCAGACUAUUCUGAGAAGAAAUGGCAAGCUCUCGGAAGAGUGUGGUUGAAAGGAUACCUGGACCACAAAAUCCUACCAAUCAGACUGUCACCAGCCUUUGUUCUUGCUUGUUGUAAAGGAGUUAGCUCAGUGGAUGAAGAACUAUUGAUGAUGUCAUUUGCCAGAUUUCUUUCAGAGAAUGAGCGUGUGUCGCUUGAAAAAGCACUACAGGGUACCAUUGAUGAAACUGUUGAGGAGGACUUACUUGAUGUCUUCUCCAGAAUGGGCUCACACUGCCUUCCCCCUAAAAACAAUUUACGGGCUGCUAUUUUAACAAUGGCACACAAAGCUCUUCUUCAAGAGCCAAAGUUCAUAAUUGAUUGUUUCCACUCCAGUGUUCAUAAUGCUAUGCCAAUGCUCAUAACCAAAGACAACAUAAUGGAGAUAUAUGAAUCUAAGAGGCCAACUAACAAGAAAGUGGCCCAGAUGAUAAAACCAUCAUUUGAAAGCCUAAAUCCACAAGAGCAGACUGCUCUUAACCACCUGCUACGGUAUGUGAGAAGCAUCGACCAAAGAAAAUUGGAGAUCUUCUUACGCUUCUGCACAGGAUCUACUGUGCUGUGCAAAGACACAAUUGAAGUAAUUUUUAACACAUUGUGUGGUUUAAGUCGCAGGCCUGUAGCACACACGUGUGGAGCAGUUCUUGAGUUACCAUGCACUUACAGCACAUACCCUGAGUUUCGCAAAGAAUUUGAUAAUGUCUUGUCUGGCGACUGCUUCACAAUGGAUAUUGUGUAGUGAAUGGAAAGCACAUCUAUCUUCUACACUGAGGUUAUUAUGGCAUUUGUCUGAUGCAAAACUGUUUCUACAGAUUUCCAUUUAUUGUUCUUAUUAAAACAGAGACCGUUUACAUUUCUUAAAUUGUUUUAUUUUCUUAUUUUUUCUGUAAAUUGUUAGUACAUUGAGAUUCAAUUUUUUUCCACAAGACAGUUUAAGUUUAAUAAUUUUGAUAAGUCAGCAGGGUCUGUUCUCAUAGGUGAAAGUCCCUUUUUGUACAAAUAUUACAUUUUCUCAUGUGCAUCUUUUAUACAAUUGUGACUCUGAAUGAUGUUCAGAAUUUUUGUCAUCAUUCAACAAAGAAAUUCCUGUUCAAUGCAAGUACAAUACAUUUCAUAUGGUUGUUAAGUUCUGUUGAUUUCCUCUUUCAUGUCCUGCUUUGUUUCUCUUUGUAGUCAGUGUGGAUAUAGUGACAUAUCAAUCCUAUUUGCACCUCAGUUUUGCUGCAAAAUGUUCUUAAUGUUUGUGGCAUAGCACUGUUCAAGUGUAGUCAGUGUGGACAUGUUGUAGCCCUGAAUAAUCUGAAUAAAAUUUAAUCUCAAAUUAGA